CCCUCUCCCCUCACGCCCCCCACAGCCGCAGGCACCCAGGCCUCCAUCAUCUUCACCAAAGAACCGUCAUCCCAGGAUGCGUUGCAAGGACGCCGGGCGUUGCUCCGCUGUGAAGUGGCGGGACCGGGUCACCUGCAGGUGCUCUGGCUGCUUAACGGGGUCCCCGUCGUGGACACAGAACGGCGCUUCGCCAAGGGCAGCAGCCUGAGCUUCGCAGCGGUGGACCGGCUGCAGGACGCCGGCAGCUUCCAGUGCGUGGCCAGGGACGGCGAGACGGGCGAGGAGGUCCGCAGCGCCAACGCCUCCUUCAACAUCAAGUGGAUCGAGGCGGGCCCUGUGGUCCUGAAGCACCCCGCUUCCCUGGCGGAGAUCCAGCCUCAGACCCCAGUUACUCUGCGCUGUCACAUCGACGGACACCCUCGCCCCACCUAUCAGUGGUUCCAGGAUGGCAAUCCCCUCCCUGAUGACCCAAGCAACUACUCGGUGAGCAGCAAGGAACGGAACCUGACCCUGCGACGAGCCGGCCCCGAGCACAGCGGCCUCUACAGCUGCUGCGCCCACAAUCCCUUCGGUCACGUCUGCAGCAGUGAGAACGUCACCCUCAGCAUCGUCGACGAGAGCUUCGCCCGGCCACUGGUGGUGCCCCAGGACCAGGUAGUGGGCCGGAACGAAGAGGCCAUGUUCCACUGCCAGUUUGGUGCCACACCUCCCCCUACCCUGCAGUGGCUCUUCGAGGAUGACUCUGCUAUCACCAACCGCAGCCGCUCCCCCCACCUCCGUCGGGCUACGGUCUUCGCCAAUGGGUCCCUGCUGUUGACUCAGGUCAGGCCCCGCAACGCGGGGGUGUACCGUUGUGUGGGCCAGGGCCAAAGAGGACCACCGGUUGUUCUGGAAGCGAAGCUGCACUUGGCUGAGAUUGAGGACAUGCAGCCCUUGGAGCCCCAGGUGUUUGCAGCUGGCAGGGAGGAGCGUGUGGUCUGCGUGGCCCCGCGAGGUCUGCCGGAGCCCAGCGUGUGGUGGGAGCGGGCGGGGGUCAGGCUGCCCGCCCACGGCAGCGUCUACCAAGAGGGCCGGGACUUGGUCUUCGCCAGCACAGCCGAGGGGGAUGCCGGCGUUUACACCUGCCACGCUAUGAACCGGGCUGGCCAGCGGCACCAGGAGCUUCAUGUUACCGUGGCCAUGGUGCCCACAUGGCUGCAGAAACCCCAGGAUAGCCAGCUGGAGGAAGGCAAGCCAGGCUACCUGCAUUGCUUGAGCCGGGCCACACCCAAUCCCACCAUCACCUGGUACCGCAACCAGAUGCCUAUCUCCGAGGACUCGCGCUUCGAGAUCUCGGCAAACGGGACGCUGCGCAUCAACAACGUGGAGGUGUAUGACGGCACGUGGUACCGAUGCGUGAGCAGCACUCAGGCCGGAAGCAUCGAGGCUCAGGCUCGGGUCCAAGUGCUGGAGAAGCUGAAGUUCACACCACCUCCGCAGCCCCAGCAGUGUAUGGAAUUCGACAAGGAGGCCACGGUGUCCUGCUCGGCCACGGGCCGGGAGAAACCCACCAUUCGUUGGAUGAAAGCGGACGGGAGCAGCCUGCCGGCCUGGGUGACGGACAAUGCGGGAACCCUGCACUUCUCCAAGGUGACCCGCGGGGACGCCGGCAACUACACGUGCAUCGCCUCCAAUGAGCCUCAGGGCCAGAUCAUCGCCAACGUGCACCUUACUGUGGCAGUGUUCGUCACCUUCAAGCUGGAGCCGGAACACACAUCGGUGUACCAGGGCCACACUGCCCUGCUGCAGUGCCAGGCCCAGGGCGAUCCGAUUCCGCUCAUCCAGUGGAAGGGCAAGGACCGGAUCCUGGACCCCGCCCUGCUGGAACCCAGGAUGCAGAUUCUUUCCAAUGGUUCCUUGGUGAUCCAUAACGUGGCCCCUGAAGAUUCAGGUCGUUACACCUGCAUCGCCGGUAACAGCUGCAACAUUAAGCACGUCGAAGCGUCUCUCUACGUCGUGGACAAACCAGUGGUGGAGGGACCCGAAGGGCCCGGAAGCCCACCCCCCUAUAAGAUGAUCCAGACCAUCGGGCUGUCCGUGGGGGCCGCCGUUGCCUACAUCAUCGCCGUGCUGGGUCUUAUGUUUUACUGCAAGAAGCGUUGCAAGGCCAAGCGACUGCAGAAGCAACCUGAAGGCGAGGAACCCGAGAUGGAGUGUCUCAACGGUGGCCCUCUGCAGAACGGUCAGCCGGCAGCGGAGAUCCAAGAGGAAGUGGCCCUGACCAGCCUAGGCUCCGGCUCCUCAGCUGCCAGCAAGCGACAGAGUGCCAGUGACAAGAUGACCUUUUCCCGCUCGAGCCUGCAGCAUAUUACUACACUGGGGAAGGGUGAGUUUGGCGAUGUGUUCCUGGCAAAGGCUCAGGGCCUAGAGGAGGGAGUGGCUGAGACCCUGGUGCUGGUGAAGAGCCUGCAGAGCCGGGACGAGCAGCUGCAGCUGGACUUCCGGCGGGAGUUCGAGAUGUUCGGGAAGCUCAGUCACGCCAACGUGGUUCGGUUGCUGGGGUUGUGCCGGGAGGUGGAGCCUCACUACAUGAUCCUGGAGUAUGUGGACUUGGGAGACCUGAAGCAGUUCCUGAGGAUCUCCAAGAGCAAGGAGGAGAAGCCGAAGCCGCAGCCCAUCAGCACCAAGCAGAAGGUGGCAUUCUGCACCCAGGUGGCCUUGGGCAUGGAGCACCUCUCCAACAGCCGCUUUGUGCACAAAGACCUGGCAGCCCGCAACUGCCUGGUCAGCGCCCAGCGACAGGUGAAGGUGUCGGCCCUGGGGCUCAGCAAGGACGUCUACAACAGCGAGUACUACCACCUACGGCAAUCGUGGAUCCCGUUGCGCUGGAUGCCCCCGGAAGCCGUGCUGGAGAGUGACUUCUCCACCAAGUCGGACGUCUGGGCCUUUGGUGUGCUCAUGUGGGAGGUGUUCACGCAUGGCGAGAUGCCCCACGGGGCGCUGGCUGAUGAUGAGGUGCUGGCAGGCCUGCAGACGGGCAAGGCCCGCCUCCCGCAGCCCGAGGGCUGCCCCUCCAAGCUGUACCGGCUGAUGCAGCGUUGCUGGGCCCCAAGCCCCAAGGACCGGCCUUCCUUUACCGAGAUCGCCAGCGCGCUAGGAGACAGCCCCGCUGCAGAGAGCAAGGCGUGAGGGAGGAGCUCUGGGCCCCAGCGGGCUGUGUCUGAGGGAGCUACCUACCGCUUGGCCCUCUCAGGCUCACCUGGCGGCACACCAGGCACCAAUCCCCCCCCACCCCUCUCCUGCUGCCCACGGGCUCCUUGCCCCGUAUGGACAGGCAGAGCUGUAAGCCUGGGCAGAGCCCGGGCCCUCACCGCGUCGCUCCUACCCUGGCCCAGGGCCCGCUGGGGACAGGUGGCCGGGCAGGAUUUGUGCCGCAGGUAACAUCAGAGACCAUCUGGGGACUCGUCCCCCGGCCUCUGACCACUGGCCCGCUCCAUCCUCCCAGAGCGUCAGGCCGCACCACCGGCCCGCUCGAUCCUCCCAGAACGUCAGGCCGCCCUGCGGCUACGGGCUUCCGACUUCUCCAGGAGCGUCCAGCCGAGUCCCCGGUCCCCACCGACCCGGCGACUGACCCCCGCCCUAUGGCGGGGCAGAACCGGCCAGGCGACGUCGACCAGAAGGAGCAACGAGAGCCCCGGGGGACGUCCGGAUCGAGGCGCGGGAGGGGAGCCCACAUUGAAAUGUCUUCCUUCUUUAACCUGAGGAGUGAGCGUGUGCCCAGCCCAGCCCUUUCUCCUCCCUCUCCUUUUUCCUUCCCGUACUAAGUGCCUGGCAGAUGAAGGAGUUUUUCAGGA